AAGAAGAAGAAGAAGUUAGCCUAGCAGCAGACACACAUUUCCUUUAUUGUUUACCGGUCCUGUAUUUAUUCGUCUAUCCCUUUUAAAAAGAUGUGGUUUAUUUAUUUACUCAGCUGGUUGUCUCUGGUGGUGCAGAUAUGUUUCGUUACUCUCGCUAUCGCUGCAGGCCUGUAUUAUCUGGCAGAGUUAAUCGAGGAGUACACCGUCGCCACCAGCCGCAUUAUUAAAUAUAUGAUUAUGUUCUCCACAGCGGUGCUGGUGGGACUCUAUCUGUUCGAGGGUUUCCCCACGCUCAUGAUCGGAGUGGGUCUCUUCACCAACCUGGUUUACUUCGGUCUACUGCAGACGUUUCCAUAUAUCAUGCUGACCUCGCCAAACUUCAUUCUGUCGUGUGUACUGGUUGUGUUGAACCACUAUAUGGCCUUCCAGUAUUUCGCGGAGGAGUACUAUCCUUUCUCUGAGGUUCUAGCGUACUUCACUGUAUGUCUGUGGGUGACUCCAUUCUCUUUCUUCGUUUCCCUCUCUGCUGGAGAGAAUUUUCUUCCAUCCACUAUGCAGCAGGGAGAUGAUGUGGUGUCAAAUUACUUCACUAAAGGCAAGCGGGGCAAGCGCUCGGGCAUCCUGCUCGUCUUCUCCUUCCUGAAGGAGGCCGUUUUGCCAAGCCGACAGAAGAUGUACUGAUGAAGCGCUUCAGGCGGAGGGGUUUGGGAGGGUUUGUUCAGGCCACCAGCCCCUUUCAGUGGACCGCUUGUUUUUGUGGGAGAAACGAUGAUCAUGAGAUUGAAUCUGUAGCUGAGGGAGAGGACCAGAUCAGAACAAACGCACAUAAACCUGAAAAAAUGAACUUAUGUUUGUUGUUUCAUGUCCAGAGUUGCCAGCUAAUUUCUUCUUAGGCAUCUAAAGACAUGAAAGGAUAAGAGAAGUCUUUCAAUCAUAAAGGCUUGAUCUUUUGACUGUACGUGGAUGAUUGUGGAAGGGGCUUCGGCUUCUCUAGAGGCUGCUGCUGAUUUUCUUCUAAGCGCAUCACUUCGAAAGCCAGUUCGCUCAUGAAUGAAUUGAUGUGUCUGGAUUUUUUGCUCACAUUUUAAAGAAAUCUUUUACCCUUAA